GAGAGAGGAUUUUGAGAAGAGAAGGGAGAAGGAGCAGGCGCAGGAGACUACCUAAGUGAGCCCCUGUGGGAAGAGGCUUGGCCAAGUCGGAGCAGGAGGCUGGGAGGGCUGGCUGUGACCACUUGGUCCCCCGCCACCCCAAAGAAUCUCCUUCAUGGAUUCUGGUACCUCUAGCAGUCCCUUGUGAUCAAGUGUCCUGGGGAGGCAGUCUCAGCAUAUUAUGGGCAACUGUGUGAAGUCUCCACUGAGAAACCUCUCCAGAAAGAUCCAUCAGGAGGAGAAGACAUGCUAUACAGCCGUUCAGACGAGUGAGGAAGGGCUGGUGGCUGCCGAGUUCCCUGGGCCUCUUAUGAUGCUAGCUCAGAAUUGUGCGGUCAUGCACAACCUGCUGGGCCCUGCUUGUAUCUUCCUGCGCAAGGGUUUCGCCGAAAACAGGCAGCCUGUACGUAAGUUAUCCUGGUGGUGGGGCGAGGUCACGCCUGGCCAACACCCAGGGCUCCAGAGGAAAAAGGGGGGAGCCCUAAGCCCCACAGGCACACACCAGCUCCAUACACACAGCUGUGCCUCAAAUCCAUUUGGCAAAGUUACCUAGCCACCUCACCCCCUUCCAUCCUCAUGGUACACCUGAAUCACGCCCUCCUACAUAGCUGCACAGACUGCUGGGCAAUGGAGACCCUUGUUCAGUGCACAACUCCCUGGCAAAGACAUUUGACCGCAGGUCUCCAGUGUGUAUUUGGGUAAAGGAGAAAUGACUCUCCAAUAUUUACUGGCUGGGUGAAUUUUGGCAAGACUAUCCAUCCAUCCAUCCAUCCAUCCAUCCAUCCAUCCAUCCAUCCAUCCAUCCAUCCAUCCAUCCAUUU